GCUCCUUUUCUUUCUCAAGCUGUCCUCAGGAGCUUCCUUGUAAAUGCCGACAGAAAUUUAACGUUGCCAUUGCUCAUUGAAAUAUAAUGUUGGUCCUUCAGCAGUGGAAGUGGCAGUUAACUGCUACUUUAAUUAUACUUACUAAUAGUUGGGUACAGUGUGCACCUGGUGAUUUGCCAUUUUUCCAUCAUAAGUAUCGUCUGGGUGAAUUAAUAUUCACUAGUUUUGAGCUAUUUUUUGAAACCAAAUUUUUUCUUUGAAUUAAAAAUUUUCUCCAUGUUCAGAACUUUCUUUUUUAUCUGAGAAAUGUAGGUAUUUAAUACUGUUGACCUUAGUUUUCUUUUCACCUCCGACGUCCUUGAUUUUUAUCAAACUGCAUAAAGCAAACCUUUGUUUUUUGAAAUCUGCUUAGUUUCCUUACUAACAGUGUUUUUUCUUCUUCUUAAGAAUGGCUCUGUUUCUUGUGUGUUUUGUCCUGAUUUGCUCAUGUAAUCAUUUUAUUACAAUCACUAAUAAGUUUGAAUAGAAGUAAAUGUCUUGGAACUUUCAAAUCUCAAAAUAGCCGUCGACUGUUUUAGUGCACAAAUGUGUUGUUGCGGCUUUUGAACCACAAACUUCACGUUAGUCCUAUUCCUAAGCUAUUCGCACAUUUCACUAAGUUCAAGGUCAUCAGUAAUAUUUACAAUCCUAAGAGCUGUGAUACAUUUAAGUGACCUCCUUGAGUUUCUUUCAAUCAAUCAAUCAAAUUUUAUUUCUAAAACGCCUUCCAACCACCAAAAGGAGCACAAGGCGCUUAACAGAGUAAAAUAAAACAAAUAAGUAAAAACUUCUGAGACUGAAAACCAAAGGUCAUUGAUGUUUUGAGUCAUGACUCGAAUCUACAUUGGUGCCACUUGUAGGGAGUUACUAAUAUUUACAAGUGAAAUGCUCGCAAAGCGACAGUGAAGCUAUAAAUCAAGUUAAAUGCUGCUUUGAAGGUACAGUAUGUAUUUGUGUAUGUAAUAAACACAUUUCACAUGUAUUUAAUUGAAAGUGACAAUAUGUGCAAGUGUCCAAGAACAGAGUACAUUUCAGUGUUGAUGACAUGAAAAAUAACUGCAUAAAGAGAAAAACAUAAAAUGACACUGUUGAUGCAAAUGUAAACCUGAAUUUACCCAUGAUAGGUGAGGAGAAGCAGAAUGAGCAUCCUGUUGAAAGUGUUUUCUUUACAAUAGUCAAUUCAAUGAGCUCUGCGUGAGCAAAAUGUCCAGAAUGAUAACAUCAUUGAAAAGUGUGUGUGUACUGAUCCUGAAAUGAGAAGUGGAUGAAACUUCCUCAUGGGACUGUGGUGUGCUGCAGUCAACAGAAACAUUGAUUUCUUUCUCUUUCCUUUGUUCUUUUGUGGCUGCACUUGGAUUUUACAGCAGGAUCUCAGCUCUAUCACUCUGCAGUAUGCAUCUUUGUCCAGUUUUUGAUGCUAAGGCUCAUGGGAAGGACGGUAACAACUGUCCUAAGCAGCUUUAUCUUUCAAAUGGUGUACCUGCUGGCAGGGUAUUACUACACAGCGACAGAGGAGUACGACAUCAAGUGGACGAUGCCUCAUUGUGUCCUCACUCUGAAACUCAUCGGUCUGUCAUUUGAUUUCUAUGACGGUGGGAAGGACUCGUCCCAGUUGAGUUCGGAGCAGAAGGAAGGAGCACUGCCUUCGGUGCCCUCGCUCCUGGAGGUGUUCGGCUUUUCCUACUUCUACGGAGGCUUCCUGGUGGGUCCUCAGUUCACACUGCGCCGGUACCAGCAGCUGGUGGCGGGGGAGCUCACCGACUGCCCCGGACAGCCUCCCAACAGCGCUGUACCAGCCAUGAAGAGGUUUGCGCUAGGUUUUCUCUGCCUGGUGAUAUAUGCAAUUUUUAGUCCCUAUUACCCAGAUAGCUACUUCUCAACAGACGAGUAUGAGGCUCAGCCGUUUUGGUAUCGCUGUGUGUUUAUCCUGCUGUGGGCCAAAGUCAUUUUGUAUAGAUACGUCAGCUGUUGGGUUUUAGCGGAGGGUGUGUGUAUAUUGUCCGGACUGGGGUACAAUGGAGUGGUGGAUGGGAAGCAUCAGUGGGACGCCUGUGCCAACAUGAAGGUGUGGCUCUUCGAGACGACGCCACUGUUCGGAGGAACCAUCGCUUCUUUCAACAUCAACACCAACGCCUGGGCGGCCAGACACGUGUUUAAGCGGCUGAAGUUCCUGGGCAACAAGACUUUAUCUCAUGUGGCCACGCUGCUCUUCUUGACCAUUUGGCACGGCCUUCAUUCGGGAUACAUCAUGUGCUUCUCCAUGGAAUUUUUCAUCAUCACUGUGGAGAGACAGGCCCUGGCUCUAGUGAGGGAUAGUCCCCUGCUGACGAAGCUGGCCAACAGUCCUCUCUACCCCCUCAUCUAUAUUGUCCAGCAGUUUAUCCACUGGCUGUUCAUGGGCUACCCGCUGUUGCCAUUCUGCCUCUUCACAUAUGACAAAUGGCUCAAGGUCUAUUCUUCUGUCUACUUCUGCGGUCACUUAUUUUUCCUUAUAGGCUUCUUAAUAAUGCCGUACCUCCGUAAGGCGCUGGUGCCUCGAAAAGAGCGGAGUGAGAAGAAGCAGGACUAAAAUUCGGUACUCGAAUUCAACAUGGUGCGUCUAAGGCUGAAUAUCCACUGAAGGGAACUGUGACUUUUUCAAGGAGCAGAACGGAAAAUAUUUUAAGGCCUUUAGUAAUAUAUAUAUAUAUAUAAACAUAUAUAUAAAUAUAUAUGUCCAUGUAAAAAUAAAUUUCUAUAUAUUUUUGUGUUUUCCAUGGGAGGGGUGGUUUUAUAAACAUUUGGGGAAAUGUUUACAGGAAAUAACCAUUGUGCCACAUGGGGGUCGUUGUGAGCCAAUCAGGAGCAAUUUCCUGUCUGUUCAUUUUGGUUUUUAAUUGUGAAACACAUGGGACUUGGAGAACACGAGACGUACAGUGCUGUCAACACUAAAUUGCACUCACCAAUCACGGGUUCAGUGUGUCUCUUUUGGCAGCCGUAUUUGGUUAUUGUUUUGUAUUUCUGUUCUUGUUUCGGCGCACGUGUCCCAUGUGCGGUACCCACAUUGAGCAGCAGAAAGCUUUCACAGGAGGCGCAGUGCCUGAGCACACGGCAACUUCUCAUGUAAUAAAACUUCUAUGAAGCUUUCUGCAGAAGGACACCGAUAAUUACAAUGAUAAUCAGGGGAUUACUUUUGUUUUUGUUUAUUUUCCUUUUCUCUCUCUCUUUCUCUCUCUCCUUCGAAUGGCUGCCAGUGGUUAAAAAAAGCACUGUAAAUCCCACACUGUACACUAACACCCAAUACAAUGGCCUUGUAAUGAUGAAUGUUUUUACAGUACAAUUGUUCCAGUUUCAAUCUGAUUUGUGAUGAAAGGAAAAAGAGAAAAAAAAAAGAUUUUAUAGAGUUUUAACAGCUUUUAUGCAAAAGAACAUUUUGUAGUUUUGGAUAUAAGAUUUCCUGAAACGAUUUGCAAUGUUCUGCCGUUCUUGUUUACUCCUCUUCUUGUGUAGUCUGUGCCACACCUCUAUCAGUCUGCCUCGAUUCAAACCCGGCCCGAUAGUUUGUACAUUUGAUCGUUUUUUGUUUUGUCUUUUUUUUUUGCUUCCUCCUCCGUUCGGGUUGUCUUCAGAUAGCACCUGUCUGCUGGUUGUGGAGAUAUUUAGUUUUGAACUGGAAGCAAAAUAAAAAUCGGAGCCGGGGAGUCAGCUGUUUGUCAGGUUUGACUGUUGACCUGCUCUUCUCCAACAGCAGGCGCCAAUUAAACAGUGCAUUAGGAGCAUAUCAUCCCUCUGGUCGUGUGAUGAGGUGCAGAGCUGGACCGUCUGCUGGAGGAAACCCGCCCCGCCCCGCCCCGCCUGGCUGUUGCCGUCCUUUCACUGCCACUCAGGGGAGGACGAACCUCACUGUAGCAACAGCCCAGAUUUGUACUGGUAUUUAUACGUGACAUGUUGAUUAAUUGAUGUGAACUGCUAUUACCAGAGACUACAAUUUUUGCCUUACUCCAAGCAAGUGUACAAA